AUUUGUCCAAUAGAAACUCUCGUUUUGCAACUGUUUGGCUAAUAAUUACACCCCUGUUGUGCACACAGCCAUUGAAUGUGCAUGAGACAGAAGAAUGGACAAAACAAGUUUAUUGGCGGAGGAUGUUUCUUUUCUGCACGAGUUAUUUAUUAUUGCCAUUCGCUGUCUUGUUGGCUUGAGAUUUAGCUUUCUGGUUUAGUUACCCUGAAAAAGAUUCACUGAACGCAGGUUGUGAUCUCCAGUAUUGUUGCCCAUCAUGGCAGGAGGCAUCACAGAGACCGGGGAGCUCUACUCCCCGUAUGUGGGCUUGGUGUACAUGUUUAAUCUGAUCGUGGGCACGGGGGCACUGACGAUGCCCAAGGCCUUUGCCCAAGCAGGUUGGGCGGUCAGCCUGGCGCUCAUCUCCUUCCUGGCGUUUAUGAGUUACAUGACCACUACGUUUGUGAUCGAGGCCAUGGCAGCGGCCAACGCUCAGCUGUGCUGGAAGAGGAGGGAGCAGGAGGAGGUCCAGGACAGCGACUCCACCUCUGAUUAUUCGGAUGAUGAUGUCCGGGGACGAUCAGAGCCAGAGAUGAGGCCCAUUUUGUCAGUCCAGCGAACAGGAGGAGGACACGUUGAUCACUUUGACAUUGUGGAGAGGGUAGAGAUGGGUCAAAUGGCCUCCAUGUUCUUCAACAAAGUUGGUGUCAACAUGUUCUACAUCUGCAUGGUAGUCUACCUGUAUGGAGACCUGGCCAUCUAUGCUGCUGCUGUGCCCAUAUCACUAAUGGAAGUAGCCUGUGGUAACCACUCAUGCAGUGCUGGCAGUGUGAAAUACGACGACACCGACUUGUGCUGGGGGCCUGUCACCAGGAAAGACGCCUACAAGGUGUUUCUGAGCAUAUUCACUGUGAUGUUGGGCCCUUUCGUCUUCUUCGAUGCUCAGAAGACUAAAUACCUCCAGAUCCUCACCUCACUCAUGCGCUGGAUCGCGUUCACCAUGAUGAUUAUCCUGGCUCUGAUCCGUAUUGGUAAAGGCCGGGGAGAAGGCCACCCCCGUAUGGCCCAGAUCUCUGGGGUGCCAAACCUGUUUGGAGUGUGUGUCUACUCCUUCAUGUGCCAGCACUCUCUGCCCUCCCUGGUGACACCCAUCUCUGAUAAGAGGCAUGUGGGUACCCUGGUGGUGUGUGACUAUGUCCUCAUCCUUGGCUUCUACGGCCUGCUCUCCUUCACAGCCAUCUUCUGCUUCGACAGCUCGCUGCUACACGACAUGUACACCCUCAACUUCACUGACAACUGUGACGUGUUGGACAUCCCCGCUUUGCGCUACUUCCUGGGCCUCUUCCCCGUCUUCACCAUCAGCACCAACUUUCCCAUUAUCGCAGUCACGCUGCGCAACAACUGGAAGACCCUCUUCCACCGCGACGGGGGCACCUACCCCUGGGUGGUUGACCGCAUCGUCUUCCCCCUCAUCACCCUGGUUCCGCCCAUCAUAGUGGCCUUCUGCACCCACAACCUGGAGUCCCUGGUGGGCAUCACGGGCGCCUACGCUGGCACGGGCAUCCAGUACGUCAUCCCCGCCCUACUGGUGUACUAUGGCCGGCGCCACCUGGUGCCUAUGCUGGGCACGGACGAGGUCAACAAGCACCGGUCCCCGUUCCGCCACACCUUCUGGGUGUGGUUCGUAGUGGUGUGGGCUACCUUCUGCCUCAUGUUUGUCACAGCCAACAUCAUCCUGGAGGACACCAAGAAAUGAGGACACGGACUGACUGUGAAAGACCGGUUUCUCUGUGUGGGUGUCUUGUAUUUCUACAUUCUCUCUACCUGAGGCCUUCCAGAACUUGGUACAGGUCGGACGGUGUGCCUUUUUAUGCUGCUCUUGUAGCAUGUGAACCCUUUUAAUUACAGCGGUAAUCAGCAGCUGAAACCAUUAUAAAGUGUCCUCCCCACCCUGGUUUCAGUACAAAGGAUGGGACUGGAGAAAUGUAACCAUUAUAAAGUGUCCUCCCCACCCUGGUUUCAGUACAAAGGAUGGGACUGGAGAAAUGUAACCAUUAUAAAGUGUCCUCCCCACCCUGGUUUCAGUACAAAGGAUGGGACUGGAGAAAUGUAACCAUUAUAAAGUGUCCUCCCCACCCUGGUUUCAGUACAAAGGAUGGGACUGGAGAAAUGUAACCAUUAUAAAGUGUCCUCCCCACCCUGGUUUCAGUACAAAGGAUGGGACUGGAGAAAUGUAACCAUUAUAAAGUGUCCUCCCCACCCUGGUUUCAGUACAAAGGAUGGGACUGGAGAAAUGUAACCAUUAUAAAGUGUCCUCCCCACCCUGGUUUCAGUACAAAGGAUGGGACUGGAGAAAUGUAACCAUUAUAAAGUGUCCUCCCCACCCUGGUUUCAGUACAAAGGAUGGGACUGGAGAAAUGUAACCAUUAUAAAGUGUCCUCCCCACCCUGGUUUCAGUACAAAGGAUGGGACUGGAGAAAUGUAACCAUUAUAAAGUGUCCUCCCCACCCUGGUUUCAGUACAAAGGAUGGGACUGGAGAAAUGUAACCAUUAUAAAGUGUCCUCCCCACCCUGGUUUCAGUACAAAGGAUGGGACUGGAGAAAUGUAACCAUUAUAAAGUGUCCUCCCCACCCUGGUUUCAGUACAAAGGAUGGGACUGGAGAAAUGUAACCAUUUUAUAAAGUGUCCUCCCCACCCCUGUGUCAGUAAAAAGCUAGAGGAUGGGACUGGAGAAAUGUAAACAUUAUCAAAUUCAUAGACCGAGCUAUUCAUCCAAGGACUAGCCAUCCAUGAUAUCAAAAUUAUAGUAGUUUUAACAAUGUUUUAAAGCUAUAUAGUGUUUCUUUACAUUUACUUUGUUUACAAACAGUCCCUGUUUCGGUAAAAAGGUUGGGGCUGGAGAUGUAAACCAUUAUCAAAUUCAUAGAUCAAGCUAUGCAUACAAGGACCAGCCUUCCAUGAUUUCACAAUUAUAAUUUGAAACAUGUUUUGAGGCUAUAGAGUGUUUAUUUACAUUUACUUUGUUUACAACAUUGGAGUACAACAAGCUCAUAUUAUAGGUACUGAUCAGUUUUGAGAGUUGAACUAAGCGGAUGAGGCAUUUAUAAGUUAUAUUCUUCAAGAAUCAAUGAGCACCUACAUUUAUUAAUUAUAUCAACUGCAGAUCACCCCUUUUAAGAGUAAUCUAUACCAUUUGUGGAAAGGGACCAAAUAUCUCGCGAUUGUAUGAAAGCUGCUACCGUAUGUAGGAACACAAGGAAGAGGACCUUGUUCACUCUGUUCCAGUGUCCCUCUGUAGAAAAAUACAAGCUGAACAAUCGGACUGUAUUAGCAAAGCAUUGCACUACACAACAGCACUGUUUUUAAGCAUAUACAAAGAGCUGGUCAACUUGUUUCCAAAUGCUUCAUUUUAAAUCCAAAAUAACUGAAGGAAGGAUAGAGCAGGGAGGUGUCAGUGUUCCUCUGGACCUUCAGAAACAGUGUUGUGGCUCAAGACAGAAUAUGCUGAAACUAUGGAUAGAGCUCAGUGGAGGAAAAAUAGAACCUGACAACUAACUCAAUGCUCCUGUUCCUAAUGGCAAUGCAGAGAGACUUUAAUGUGGCUUUAAAAUGAACUUGGGAUGGUGAAGAAAGCAAGCUAAAUGAAUCUGUUAUAAUCAGUUUAUUAUGGCUGGCAUUUCUACAUUCCUCACUGGUGGCUCUGCCUUAGUUCUCCUCGUCUUCCCUGUGAACAAUGAACCUUUGUCCAUGACAGAUCCCUGACUGAUGGGCCUGAUGACAGAGCUCCAUCUCUGGUCAUCAGGACACCGAUCUUGAGUUCAAACUCUGUAUACAAACCACCCUCAUGUUUUACUGUUCACCACCAAAUCAUCAGCCCUUCAUCAACUCCAUGUCAGCACCCGACUGCUCUCUGUUGAACUUUGACCCCAGAAAGUUAUCAAUGGACACAGGAAGGUUUAUGUUGGCUACAUCACCAGGAGCAAACUCGUACAGUGCCUACUGUGCCACACAAAGACACCUCUACAGUAGUCCCAGUAUAUCUCUUUUUGCAAUAACUGUUGGUUAAGGUCUUGUAAGUAAGCAUUUCACGGUAAAGUCUACACUUGUUGUAUUCGGUGCAUAUGGCAAAUAAAGUUUUGAUUUUAACCAUCUGUCUCGUGCUCGCUCGUAACGAGAACUUCUCAGCUGGCUGAUUUGCCGUCAGCUCUUUACUUGAGGUUUUAUUACAGUUUCCUGGUAGCUCAGUUUGAUCGACUAAUUAGAUUUUACUUCCAGACAUGUGGGAACAUCCUCUUCGCCCCGAGCUCUGCUCAUGCUAAUGUCAACAUUAUACGCUUCUGCCUCCUCAUUGUCAUGUCCUCUGGUUCUAUAUAUCUCUCUAUAUAUAUAUCUCUGCUCUAUAGAAUAUAUAUUAUGUCCCAUUAUAGUCACAAAGUUUGGAGCCCAACUACAGGAGUCAUACCUUUGUGAAACAGUAUUGUUGUUGGGGAAUGUAAAUCAUGUUUUGUGGUGUAGGGUUCCAUAUUACAUGGUCACAUUUAGAAUAGUGGUUUUCUUUUACUAUGUAAGUGCUAAAGUAAUAGCUCAAAUGUAUCGUUAGCUGCCUGUCAUGAGCACUCACCUGGUCAAAAAGGGAAAUACUUAUUGCCAUUCAUGGUUUGCACCUGCAACAUUGCACAAGUUUGCACAUAAUUGCCUUGGGUUUGACCUUUUGUGUGUUUUACGUAGACUUUUGCAAAUGGUUUGAAGAUGUUUGUAAGGGUUGAUAACUAUGGUAUUUAUCUAACAGUCUUCAAUGGUGUUCUUAACCCAUCAAUAUAUACAGCUUGACACUAUUUAAAAUCAUUAGACUAAUAGUCAUGCAUUGUAACAUAUUGAUGGCAGUACAGUAUUGUUGAGGACUAUUGAAUGAGAGACCUCUGCAUGUUGUUGGUAUUGUGUGUGUUAGGACAGAAAAAGAGUGCUGACUAUUUCUGUAACACUGCUUCUCUCAAUAUUGGGUUCCUUUCUUCAAUCUUCGGUUCCUUCUGGUAAUUAUUGUUAACAUUACAUUUCUGCAUGCAGCUCCUUCCAAAAUUCAGUAGUCAGUUGUUCCUUUAAGCCUCCAGAUUGUGGUGGAUAGUUACUCAUCUUCUUAUUUUUCCUCAUCUUCUUUUCAAUACAAAUGUGCAAUAUGCUUUGAACUGGGUUGGGGAAGUAAGAUUUCAAGCGAAUAUUGACUGUUUCUGAGAGUGUUUGUCUGUGUGUGUAUUCUUCUGUGUCAGUGUAUGUGUCACUUUGAAAAGAUUUUAAAUGAGUAUGUCUGACUCUUAUUUGGAGUUGUGAAAUGUGCCUUUUUCCCGGGGUUAUUGUUUCCAAUCAUUUGUUGACUGUUGUUUUUCCUGGCACGUCUUUGUUCUAAGCAGCCUGUCAGAUAAGAUCUGCAUGUAAGCCAGUUAAUUUAACUGACAACCAAUGUCUCCUCAAAAUAAAAUGGGAUAUCCUUGUCUUCUAAAGUG